AUGGCAGAAGAAGAAGAGGAGAAUGACAGUGAGUCUCCACUGUUUGUAGGAGCAGUCACUACAGAAGUUCAGAUUCAGAAUGACGAGUGCUACGGGACUUUACCAGCACAGGGACAUCUCAUGCGACUUAAAGUGGACACUGGUUCGCAAGUGAACAUAAUACCAUGUAAGGAACUCAAGAAGAUUGAACGGGAUAACCCCUAAAAGGAUCUGUGCAACUAAAAACUGGUUAGUUAUUCAGAAAAUAAUCUCAAGGUUCUAGGAAUCAUAAAAUUACCCGUGAAAUCCAAGUCAGAUGUUGAACUAGAGCCAACAUUCCAUGUAGUGGAAACAAAUCAGCCGGGAUUACUGGGACUUCGCUCCUCACAAAACUUGGGCCUAAUUAAAGUUGUCAUGACAGCAAAUACAGAGAGGGAAGAAACCACCACCGAUGAUAGCAUCCCAACUACAAGGACAUCUCAAGAAUUGAAAGAGGUCUAGCAGAAAUAUGCACAUGGACUGGGACGUUUAGAUAAACCUUACCACAUUGAAAUACAUCCAACCGUUUCAACAGUUAUCAAUCCUCUUAGAACAAUACCAGCCGCACUUCAAGAGAGAGUGAAACCAGAGUUGGAUGACACGGGGAAGCGAGGAGUAAUACGCAAAGUCGAAGAACCCACUGACUGGGUUAAUUCAUUUGCCUUAGUUGAAAAGCCUGAUGGUAGUUUGCGCAUUUCUUUAGAUUCAAGACACCUGUACAAGGCCAUAAAAAGGGAACAUUUUCAGCUACCCUCCACUGAAAAUAUCACAACCUGCCUGGCAAAUGCAAAAUGA